CCAGAAGCCUUGGGGAAGGAGAAGCGCCGGGACGCUUUCUGCAUGUAGUCAGGUGUGGAACGUUUUUGCAACGUGGUCUGGCUCUUUGCCGGACGGCGUGCGCCCAAGUGCUUGGCCAGCCGCGGCCUUGCGGGCCUUGAGGGCCUACAAAUUUGGUCUUUUUUUCACUGGUUUAAGAUCUCGUGUCACGCCACUCGGCGCCCUGACCCGGCUUCACCAUGUUGGUGCUGUUUGAAACGUCCGUCGGCUACGCCAUCUUUAAGGUUUUGAAUGAGAAGAAACUUCAAGAGGUUGAUAGUUUGUGGAAAGAAUUUGAAACUCCAGAAAAAGCAAAUAAAGUUGUAAAGCUGAAACAUUUUGAGAAAUUUCAGGAUACAGCAGAAGCAUUGGCAGCAUUCACGGCUCUGAUGGAGGGCAAAAUCAAUAAGCAGCUCAAGAAAGUUCUGAAGAAAAUAGUUAAAGAAGCCCAUGAACCCCUGGCUGUAGCUGAUGCUAAACUAGGAGGGGUCAUAAAGGAAAAACUAAAUCUCAGUUGUAUCCAUAGUCCUGUUGUUAAUGAGCUUAUGAGAGGAAUCCGGUCACAGAUGGAUGGAUUAAUCCCUGGUGUAGAGCCACGUGAAAUGGCAGCUAUGUGUCUUGGGUUGGCACACAGCUUGUCCCGAUACAGAUUGAAAUUUAGUGCUGAUAAAGUGGACACAAUGAUUGUUCAGGCAAUUUCCCUGUUAGAUGACUUAGAUAAAGAACUGAACAACUACAUUAUGCGGUGUAGAGAAUGGUAUGGCUGGCAUUUCCCUGAAUUAGGAAAAAUUAUUUCAGAUAAUUUGACAUACUGCAAGUGUUUACAGAAAGUUGGCGAUCGGAAGAAUUAUGCCUCAGCCAAACUUUCUGAAUUACUGCCAGAGGAAGUUGAAGCAGAAGUGAAGGCAGCUGCAGAGAUAUCUAUGGGAACAGAGGUUUCAGAAGAAGAUAUUUGCAACAUUCUGCAUCUCUGCACUCAGGUGAUUGAAAUCUCUGAAUAUAGAACCCAGCUCUACGAAUAUCUGCAAAAUCGAAUGAUGGCCAUUGCACCCAAUGUUACAGUCAUGGUUGGGGAAUUAGUUGGAGCACGGCUUAUUGCUCAUGCAGGUUCUCUUUUGAAUUUAGCCAAACAUGCAGCUUCCACAGUCCAGAUUCUUGGAGCAGAAAAGGCACUCUUCAGAGCCCUCAAGUCUAGACGAGAUACCCCUAAGUAUGGUCUCAUUUAUCAUGCUUCACUUGUAGGCCAGACAAGUCCCAAACACAAAGGAAAGAUUUCUCGAAUGCUGGCAGCCAAAACUGUUUUGGCAAUCCGCUAUGAUGCAUUUGGAGAAGAUUCCAGUUCUGCAAUGGGAGUUGAGAACAGAGCAAAAUUAGAGGCCAGGUUGAGAACCUUGGAAGAUAGAGGGAUAAGGAAAAUAAGUGGAACAGGAAAGGCAUUAGCAAAAGCUGAAAAAUACGAACAUAAAAGUGAGGUGAAGACUUACGAUCCUUCUGGUGACUCCACACUGCCAACCUUUUCUAAAAAACGCAGGAUUGAACAGGUGGACAAAGAGGAUGAAGUUAUUGAAAAGAAGGCCAAAAAAGCCAAGGUUAAAAUUAAAGCAUUGCUGGUCUGUGAGCAUUUGGGGAAACCCACUGUGAGCCAGGCCUUUGUUAAAUGGAUGACCAGGAAAACUCAAGGAGACAAGAUUCAGCAGCUGCUGCCCUCAGGGAGUUUACAGAGUGAACUUCAAACCUCAUAGCCUCCUGGGAUGGUCUAUUUCCCUUUCAGAAUCCUUUGUGUUUUGAGGAACGGGGAAUGCAGGGAAGCAACAGGUAGAGCUCUCAACGUUGAGAAAUACAGAAAUUAUGAAGAAAAAGCUGCAGAGUAGAUGAGUUUAUGGGAGAGAAAUCAUCCCUUUCCCUUUCUCUACUAAGCACAAGGUCUGCACACUGAGGAAAGUAGAGAACUGCAGGAAAAACAGAGACCUACCCCUUGGCAAUAAAAAGAACUGUAAGUACAGCUGCAUCCCAUUGUAUCCCACAUCCUCACCCUAAAACUGCUCUUCAACUGCCCUUGAGCCUUGGCGAUUUGGUACUUGGGAGAGCAGUGCUGUGGCAUAGAGGUAUAGGGAAGCUUUCUCCUGGGUUCUUGGGGCCUCAAAACUCCUACCUUGCUAACCUGAGCCAAGAAGCAGAGAAUGCCUUGGUUUAACAGCAAGCGUAAAUGUUACAUGUGCCUGACUCGGAAAAGAAUUGGUCAGACAACAAGUGCAUCUAUUUAUAUCUUAUAAUCUGCUGGGCCAGCAACAUGCUAAUAACCAACUGGGCAUGAUGGAAAGGCCACAAGCUGACUGUCAAAAUGGGAAGAUCACUGCACUAGUGGUCAGAGAAAAUAAUACACAUGAAAGUGCUGCCUAAGCCAAAAAGUACUGUAUAUAGUAUCUUUCCUGUUAGGAUGAGCUGGUUUCACCAUUGACUAGUUCAUGUCCUUGGACUAGUGAACCUGUGCUCUCUCAGAGCCUCAGUUUCUUUAUAAUGUGGAAAUAAUAGUUCUUGGCUUAUCCUAUCUGUUGUAGGAUUCUUAGAAACUCAGAUGAGAUAGUUUAUACAAAAAUACCUUGUCAGCUGAAUAAAUGUAAAGUAUCAUUACUCAAGAUCUAUUCUACCUAGAAUUGGUAAGUGGUAUUCCGGAAAGAAGUCAGUGGAAGAGAUUAGGGAAACUUUUACGGCAGCCACCAGCCAGUCAGUCAUUUACCAUUUAUGUUUUCUUUCUGAGCAUACAGCUUGACUGUAUACCAUGUUUGCAUUUGGAUGUGGCCAUGUAACUGAGGCCAGUCAAUGGAAUGUUAAUAAUAUACAUCACUUGGAGGCCUGGCCCCUGAAAAUAUUCCAUCGCAUUCUUCGAUGCCUUAUUUCCCCCCCAACACCCUGCUGGCUUAAUGCAAACAUGGUAACCUCAGGAGCCAAGUGUUAAGACAGAAAAGCUACCAAGUAAAAGAAACCCCUGGUUUGGGGAACAACUAUGCACUGAUCUGGAACUUCCAUUUUGAACUUGGGAAGAAAUAAACUCUCAUUACGUUUGGGUCCUUAUAUUGGCUUGAAGCAUAUGAAAUUCCAGUGUUUGCCCAUUUUAUCUACAAAAAUAAUUCCAUGAUUUAAACUUAGAAGAUACUCUGGUUUGUUUCAGCAGCUAAUGCAGCCUUAAUACACCUUAAAGGAAGUUUGUUUUUGUUUUUGUUUCUUUAAUAAGGGCCGUAUCCAUGGCAUAUGGAGGUUCCCAGGCUGGGAGUGGAAUCGGAGUUGUAGCCAAUGGCCUACACCACAGCCACAGCAAUGCCAGAUCCGAGCCACCUCUGAAACCUACACCACAGCUCACAGCAAUGCUGGAUCCUUAACCCACUGAUCAAGGGCAGGGAUCAAACCUGCAUCCUCAUGGAUACCAGUCACAUUCAUUUCCACUGAGCCGCAACUGGAACUCAAAAGUUUUUAAUUUUUGUUUAAUUUUUUGAUCUUUUAUAAUAAAUUGAAGUAUUAAUUUAUAAUGUUAUGUUUCAAGUGUAUAGCAAAGUGAUUCAUUUUUGUAUAUAAAUGUAUAAUUCCUUUUCAGAUGCUUUUCCAUUUUAGAUUAUCAUAUUAAAUACAGUUCCCUGUACUACACAGUACGUCCUUUGGUUUUUUGGGGUUUAGGGGCUUUGGGAGAUAGGUUGUGCCCACAACAUGUGGAAUUUCCAGCCAGGAAUGGGAUUUGCACCACAGCAGUGACCACGCCAGAUCUUCAACGUGCUGCAGCAUGAUGGAACUCAGAGAAAGUCUUUUUAAAAGCCACUUUUACCAAGGUGAGAGAGGAAAUUGGGAUCAGAGAUAGUAAACGGCCUGCUUUUAAUUCAGAUUGGGGUGUAAACAUAUUUGAUUUGUUCCACAAAAUGUUAGUCCACAUCGUUUUAAAAAGUUGAAUUGAUUGCUGAAUCAAAAAUGUCUAAUUGUCAUGCAAACAAAAUAUUUUAUCUUUGUCAUUUGUUUUUUGACUUUAAAAAUCAACAUAGCAAAGAAAAAUCCUAAAAUCAAACUAAACAAGGCCAAAAGAACAAGACUUUAAUAAACAAAGAUUAAACUGUUUAGGACUUAAAAGAGAGAAAUUUGUAAUAAUACAGUGCAGAGUUCUUUCUAAUUUAGGAAAUUCAGAAAACGAAAAGGAAAAGAUUGAUAAAAUUGACCACAUAAAAACUUGUAUGGCAGAAAUAGUGUAAAAUAGUUAAAAGUAUGACAAGGCAAUGGUUUCAUUAAUAUAUAAAGAAGUUAAGUUAAUAAGAAAAAGAUGAAAAUUACAAAUAACAAUCCUAGAAAGAGUGUAUAAGUGAUCAAUAAACAUAAGAGGAGAAGUUCCCACGUGGCUCAGCAGGUUAAGUCUCUGGCAUUGUUUCUGCUCUGGUGCAGGUUCAGUCCCUGGGCUAGCCUAGAAACUUCCAUAUGCUGCAGGUGCUGCCAAAAUAAAUAAAUGAAAAAUAAGCAUAAGAGGAGUUAUACCCUAUCAAAUUAUCCAAUUAAAUAAUAAUAGCAUUACCGGAGUUGACCAGAAUCUAGUAAAAUUGACCUACACUGUAGGUAAGAGUAUAAACUGGUUUGGAGGGCAUUUCCCUAACAGCUUUUAACAGUGCUAAUCGGAAGUUCCCAUUGUGAUGCAACAGAAAGAAAUCUGACUAGUAUCCAUGAGGACCCAGGAUCCAUCCCUGGCCUCACUCAGUGGGUUGGGGAUACAACGUUGCCAUGAGCUUUGGUGUAGUUCACAAAUGCACCUCAGAUCCUGUGCAGUUGUGACUGUGGUGUAGGCCUGCAGCUCCAAUUCGAUCCCUAGCCUGGGAAUUUCCAUAUGCCACAGGUGGGGCUCUAAAAAGACAAAAAUAAAAGUGCUAAUCAAGCAACGAUCCUGCUAGUUAAAUGCACAAAUACAGUCACAAAGGUCACUAAGAUGUAGGUAUGAGGAUGUAUAUUAAUUACAGCAUUGUUGGUAACAGUAAUACAAACCAGAAACAACCACAAUAUCCCACUAAUAGAGGCCAGUAAAUAACCUUAUGUCCAAAAACUGCAGCCAUUAAAAUAUAGAAAAAUCCCCUAGACACACUAUUUCGUUGAAAAAGCAAAAUACAGAAGCGUGAAACCAUUUAUGUAAAAAUUUUAAAAGGAUAUGUACGUAACUUUUUUCUUUAUUUCCCUGGGACCCAUAUACAAGAAACUUAACAGUUGUCACCUUUGGAGGCAGGGAUUGGAAAUUUGGGGAUCAGAGGGUAGGGAGAAAGAUUUUUGCUUUCCAUUCAUUUCUGUAUUGUUUCAUUUUAUAAAAACUGUGCCUGUGUUAUUUUUCACAUAGAUUAUUUUCAUUUUUGAAUGUAAAAUAAACAAAGCUAUAGUCCAAAACUACCAAAAAAGUUUUAUCUAAAGCUAUGAUACCA